GCCGGCACUUCUCACUGCUCCAGUCAGCUCUUGGAUAUCAGAGAGGAAGAAGCUGGGACGGUCUUGUGGAUCCUAAGAAUCAUAAGCCGUGUGGGAACUCUCAGACCCGGAGCCUUUCAUUUCCCUCUUCUUCUACUACCAUGGCAUUUUCCAGCAUGUCGUUGUUGAAGGCAGCAGCUGUGCCUGCAGACUGUGACCCUCAUGCCACAGUGUGUUCAGGCAGGAACUGCCUUGUUCCUCCAAGUAAUUUCAAUGCGAUGCUGAGCCUCGUGCUGAGCGCAGUGCUCACCAUAAUGCUUGCUAUGGUCAUGUUCUCCAUGGGCUGCACUGUGGAAACCAGUAAGCUGUUGGGCCACAUCAAGAGACCUUGGGGCAUCUUCAUUGGCUUCCUCUGCCAGUUUGGUAUCAUGCCCUUCACAGCCUUUGCCUUGGCUCUAGCCUUCGGGGUUCAGCCCGUGCAGGCGAUCGUCAUCAUCAUUAUGGGCUGCUGUCCCGGAGGCUCUGGCUCCAACGUUAUCUGCUACUGGCUGGAUGGAGACAUGGACCUCAGUAUCAGCAUGACAGCCUGUUCCUCUAUCCUGGCCUUGGGUAUGAUGCCCCUGUGUCUGCUCGUUUACACCACCACCUGGACUUCCAGCGACGCCAUUGAGAUUCCAUACGAUAGUAUUGGUAUCACUCUAGCGGCCCUUCUUAUUCCAGUUGCUUUGGGAAUGGGUGUAAAACGCAAAUGGCCCAAAUUGGCGAAGAAGAUCCUUAAGGUGGGCUCCAUUGUCGGCGCUUGUCUCAUCGUCAUCAUAGCUGUGGUCGGAGGGGUCCUCUACCAGUCUUCUUGGGUCAUUGCACCCUCCUUAUGGAUAAUUGGAACCAUCUACCCCUUUAUUGGAUUCGGUCUGGGGUUCGCCAUGGCCCGCUUUGUGGGUCAGCCCUGGUACAGAUGUCGAACCAUUGCACUGGAGACAGGUAUCCAGAACUCCCAGUUGUGCAGUACCAUUGUCCAGCUGUCCUUCAAGCCAGAAGAACUUGAAAUCAUGUUUGCAUUCCCGCUCAUCUACAGCAUCUUCCAGAUCGUGGUGGCUAUCAUUGCUGUGUCAGCCUACCAGAUAUAUUUGAGGCGAUGCCACCGCGACUCUGAUGAGGACACUGAGGUCCAAUCUGUGGAAGGUGCAGCAUCCAAAUCAAAGGGCUACGCUCUGGACAAUAGUGGCUUCGACUUGCAUGAGAAUGCUGAUGGGAAGUACUCACAGAUGUGAGAGCUGCAGACUUGGUCGUUAUGAUCCUCCAUGCCCCACCCCACCCCACUGAAGAGAUCAGCCGGACUCAACCGUGAACACACAGUGCACUCUGCAGGCUGGAAGUGUGUGAUACAUAUCCCAUCCUUGUCACCACUGGGAGGUUUGCACGCACACACUGCUGCACAAAUGUCUUCCUGUGGCCAACAGUUAAAUCUGAGAAGGCCCAGUGACCGGCACACCAUGUCAAAUUGUAUUGUAGAUAUGAGGCCCUUUAAUUUAAAUAUUUAACAACUUUCCUUUUUACUUUCCGUUCGAUAGACCUCUAUGCCUGUGAUUAAUGAUUCAAACAGAACGUUGAGGGCUGUUGAAGAGUUUCAGUUGCAGACACAACCCAGUGCAACUAUAAUGUGUUGUUGUGGUAUGGAAAAUUAAGCUGAUAAUAACAUUGCUUUUUAAAAAAAAAAUAAAAUAAUAACACUUCUCUGAACAAGGGCACAAAGCGCUUGACAACAGAAGAAUUGAAAUUACAGCGCUGAGUGCAAAAAAGACGCACAGUAGUUAGGAUUUAAGAAAAAGGCAUUUAAUCAAGGUCUUCUCAGGCAGGAGGCUCCCGAGUUUUACUGGGGGGCAACAACUUGAAUAGACAGAGCCAGCUGACUUACAUAGGGGCCAAUGAUGACGCAAGAGGGAUGCGAUGUGACUCCGAAUGAGUUGGGAAUGAGUGAGGCAGGGGAGCACGACUGCCCAUGUUGCACAGUUCACAAACUUUACAUUUAAAAAAAAAAAAAAUGUUUUUUUUUUGUUUGUUUGUUUGUUUGCUUGCUAGUAAACAUAAAAUGAAUACUUUGGUAAUUGCAAACUUUGAGUCUUUGGGUCUUGAUGUGUUAUUUUCUCACCUCCUUAUAAAGUACAUACUAUUGACAAGAUAAAUCUAAAGGGUUGGAAAGGUUUUUACUGAAUACAGCCGACUCUUGGAACUUUACAAUAUGUGAGUUGUUUCUCAGGAAACAGAAAUAUGGAGUAAUCCCUGUAUAUUUAUAAUAUAACGCAUUCACACUCCUACUAAUGUAUUAGUCCACUCUAUUGCAACAUAUAUACAUAGUAUAUUUUAAUAAAUGGAGAUGUUUAAUAAGUGCUGAUUGCAAUUCUUCAGAUUUACUUUGAGCCUAUUUAAAGCUUUUCUUGUGUUUUGUAAAAAAUCUAUUUAAAACCCGUCUGUAUUUCUUAAUGGUUUCUAAAAUGUGCUUGACAAAAUAAUAUUUUUUGCAUUUUUCCUUGUAUGUUUUCUUCAUUCAUGUUGUGACACGAGUGCUCUCCAAAAACUCAAUAAACACAUACAUAUCGAUGAA